GCAAUGGUGCAUUCAGUGACAGAUGCGUUGGAGAACCUUCAUGCUAACCUCAUCUCAUUGCAAUGCUUCAGUCGAUGGUUUGAUCUUUAACGUAAUACAGUGCAAAAUGGUGUCCGCAAAGUUGUUCUUCGUUGCCGCAAUUAUCGUCACAUCACUGCUCACCGCAAAUGCCGGAUUGUUGGACUAUGUUUACCCCGCAAUUAUGACCGCGUUCUACAGUCAAGUGCCGACUAAGGAGGGCUAUCGAUUCAAGCAAGAGGACCCAAAUGGCAGUUCACGUGAGGAAAUUGGCAUUAUUAUGAAUCCAGAUACGCCGGAUGAGGAAUUGGUGAUAAUGGGCAUGUACAAGGUGUAUGACGAGAAAACCGAUACCGAGACGAUAACAAUGUAUACAGCCGAUAAAAAUGGUUAUCAACCGCGUUUUAAAUUGAAGAAUCGUAAACUAAGUUCCAAGCUCUUAAUGACGUCUACUGGUUAAGCGAAUAAAUAUAAUCGUUAUUGCAUGGUAGUAAAUGCUAAUAUGAUUACAAAUACAACAACUAAGUUUUCAAAAGGGAAUAUAUAUUUAUUAGGACUACAAAUGUAAAUAAAAAAGUAUUAAAUAAUUUUAAUUAAAGCAACACACAAUUUACUGAGUUGUUUCGGCUCAGAUUAUUAUCGUCAUCAUAUUUUAA